UCCCCCUGUCCCCCAAAUCCCAAUAUUUCGAAACGAAGCGCAGAGAAUAGAGAAGGGGCCAAAAAAAAGCUAGGGCUUCGAGCCUUCGAGUCUCCGACGACCGCCCCCACUCUCCGAGACUCCGACGACCGCAAAUCCCCUCUCCGAGACUCCGUCGACGACCGCAAAUCCCCUCUCCGAGAAGGCUUCGACAGUUCGACGAUCGCAAAUCCCCUCUCCGAAGACUCCGUCGACGACCGCGGACCGCCCCCACUCUCCGAGACUCCGACAGUCCGACGACCGCCCCCAGUCGCCUCCCAGAGCAAGCCCUCAACCAGUCGACGCCGAUCCCAAGCUCUCCGACGAGUGACGACGACCGCCCUGAGUCCACGACCAAGUCCUCGCCGGAAUCGACCUCCUCCUCGCCUCCCGGACUCAACAUUGAGAAGUACGUUCUUGCAAGCCAUUUGUGCGGGCCCUGCGGGGGACUAUGGGGUAAAAUUUUGAGUAUGCAAGGCAGAGGUUUCAACAAUACUGGUUGAAGAAGUUUGAUGCCCUGGAUUGCACAACGUUUUAGGCUCGACCUCGACUGGUACACCCUCCUCCAGCUCCCUCACCCUCAUGGCAAACAAAAUUCCUGGCUACGCCACUGCUCGAGGAUCAAUCAUGGCGAUCUUGUACCGGAUCCUGUUGCUCUUAUUCUUCUCAGUUGCUUCGUCGUCGACGACGAUGCACAGCAACAACUGGGCCGUCUUGGUCUGCACUUCUCGAUACUGGUGGAUUAUCGAGGGUAUGAAGUGACUGUUGAAAACUUUUUGCGCGUUUUAACCGGGAGGCAUGAAAGUGCUGUACCAAGAUCAAAGCGUCUUUUAAGUGAUGAAGGAAGCCACAUACUUUUGUACAUGACUGGGCAUGGUGGAGAUGAGUUUUUGAAAUUUCAAGACAAAGAAGAACUUCAGAGCCACGAUUUAGCUGAUGCAGUGAAACAAAUGAAGGAGAAACAUAGAUUCAAGGAGCUUCUCAUAAUGGUUGACACUUGUCAAGCUGCAACUCUGUUCUCUCAGCUUCAUUCCCCUGGAGUUUUGGCAAUCGGUAGUAGUAAGAAAGGAGAAAAUUCAUACUCUCAUCAUCUUGACUCUGACAUAGGUGUUUCGGUGGUUGAUAGGUUUACUUACUACACCCUUGCUUUCUUUGAGAAGCUGAACAUGUACAGCAAUGCCUCACUGAGCAGUCUUUUCAAUUCGUAUAACCCAGCACUGCUGAUGUCUACUGCUUAUUAUCGCACGGACCUCUAUCAGCGAUCCCUAAAUGAGGUGCCCGUGACAAACUUUUUUGGCUCAGUUAUGAAGACAAUUCACACGGACUCAGCAUACACUGGCUUCCAGGCUCCACCUGAAAUUGAAGGAGAAACCUUUUUUAAAGAUCAUGAUGAGGGAAGAAGAGCAUUGCAGAGUGAUGCUGAUGCAACGAGAACAAAUGAGGACAAGAAGGAGCCUGAGUGCCCUUUCCAUGCAUGGAUGGAUAGUAUGCAAGAGAAAUUGGAGAAUGAGGAUACUGAUGCUUUAGUGAAGUAUGGUCUGGGAUCCAUGAUAUUAUUGCUAGGCAUUUCCACUUGGCUAUCUAGAUAAGUACUUGGUACAACUUGAAUGUAUAAAGUUGUGUUUAUUUUGAAUUUUGAACAAGUGAUGUACUCUAGCUUCUUCCUUAUUUCAAUAUUACACUUUUGAGAUACACUUGUACCUUUCCCUGAACAUUCAUCUUUUUUAUGACAGAAUUUUUAGAACGGUUAUGCUUUCA